AUGGCUCGAGAAUUUGACGGCAAAGUCGCUCUAGUGACUGGCGCUUCAAGCGGCAUCGGCUCUGCUGUUGCUCGGAUGUUGGCAUCGCGAGGAGCAGACUUGGUUCUUAUGGACAUUUCUGAUGGCAAUGCUCAAGCUCAAAGUCUUGCUGGGGAAUUCGACGUCCGCACCCUCGCCAUCAGCGUGAAUGUGGUUGAUACUAUGGAACUUGAAGAGGCUUUUUCAAAGGCAAUGAAUUGGGCCAAGCAACUCGAUAUCUGCGUCAAUGCCGCUGGCAUCUUCCCCCCUGGCAAGACAAUCGACUCCACGACCGCGUCCAUGUAG